GAUUGGGUGCGCCGUGUGCAGCACGACUGGGCCCUCCGGGUGGGCCCCGCUAAACACCGAGAGCGGCGCGGGCGCGGCCUCAGUCUGCGCGUCACCAUUUCCGGGUGCCCUUCCGAGGCCGAGCGGGCGGCGUCCGGAAGCUGCUGCUGCCAAGCCCCUGGUUGGGGAGGAAGUGUGUUCCACAAUCCGCUUCCCCCCCGCCCCGCCCGGAUCCCUGGUUCCGGGGUGCCCCUGGAAACGGAGCACCACCGGAAGUGAGUGCGGAGAAGAUGGCGGCGGGUGUGUUGGGCGCUUGUAUCGGGCGGGGAGAGCGGAUCUCGGCUCGGACACGGCCCGCACUCAGCAGUUGGGUCCUGCUUUUCCUGCCCUACCUCGGACUCGGGCUGGUGCCGUCCGCCGCUGACAUGACGGACGGCAACAGCGAGCACCUGAAGCGGGAGCACAGCCUGAUGAAGCCGUAUCAGGGAGUGGGCUCCAGUUCAAUGCCUCUGUGGGAUUUUAGUGGGAGCACCAUGUUGACGGGUCAUUAUGUCCGCCUUACACCUGAUGAGCGCAGUAAAAGUGGAUCAAUCUGGAAUCGAGUGCCAUGCUACUUGAAAGACUGGGAGCUCCAUGUCCAGUUCAAAGUUCACGGGACUGGGAAAAAGAAUCUUCAUGGUGAUGGGUUAGCUAUUUGGUACACGAAGGAUCGACUAAGCCCCGGCACCGUGUUUGGAAGCAAAGAUAAAUUUCAUGGUUUAGGGCUGUUCAUAGACACGUACCCCAAUGAUGAGAGUGCUGAUCGGGUGUUUCCAUAUGUCUCCGCAAUGGUCAACAAUGGGACACUUCCCUAUGACCACAGCAAAGAUGGACGCAAUUCUGAGCUUUCUGGAUGCCCUGCAGAACUCCGGAAUGUAGAUCAUGACACAUAUUUGGCAAUUCGUUACUCCAGGGGCAGAUUAACGGUGAUGACAGAUGUUGAAGACAAGAAUGAAUGGAAGGAGUGCAUCGAUAUCAGUGGGGUCAGACUGCCUACUGGUUAUUUCUUUGGUGCAUCUGCAGCCACGGGAGACCUAUCAGACAACCAUGAUGUUAUCUCCAUGAAACUUUACCAGCUGACAGUGGAGCACACAGUGGAGGAUGAAAACAUUGACUGGACAAAAAUUGAGCCCAGCGUCAGCUUUCUGAAAUCUCCUAAAGAUAACAUCGAUGAUCCAACGGGAAAUUUUCGGAGUGGGCCCAUGACAGGCUGGAAAAUCUUCCUGCUCCUCCUUUGCGCGUUGCUCGGGAUCGUUGUGUGUGGCAUGGUGGGCGCUGUGGUCUUCCAGAAACGCCAAGAGCGCAACAAGCGGUUUUACUGAACGGAAACCGUCACAGUGGGCCUUUACAAUGUGAAGCGUUCUUUUUCUACAAGAUGGUUUGUACAACACGAGGUGUUUAUAUCCAGAAAGGAAAACAGAGAUCAAAAAUAUUUUCAUAUAUUUCUAUGAGAUGAUCUGGGGGCUGGUGAUGACGAUGAAUAAAGAGGGGGAGUGAGUGGAUAUCACACAGCUACCUGCCCUUGUCACUUUGUACUAGACAGGGGCCAUGCUUCCUUUUUUAAACAAACACAUUUGUUGAAAUGCAUAUUAAUUUGUUAUUUUGAAAUCAUUCUUUUUACUAAAGAUAUUGAGCCUGUUUGAAUUAGAUCUUCUAUCUACGGAGCCCUUUCAGUUUUCAAAUGCACAGGCUUCAGUGUGAUGGAGUACGUUUGAGUCACACAAAGUACUUGCUGUUUUCAUUCACACUGUGUGGUUGGAUGUUUCAAUGGCACCAUGUUUCCCUCUUGGCUUUUAUCAUUCACACUCCUAUUCUCAGCCUGUCUCUUUUCUCUGUGCCAGCCCAUAUAAGUCUCUCUCUCUCUCUCUCUAAGCUGUACCCAGUCUUUGGAGGACAACUAACGCAGUUUAUUAGACUUGUUUUUAACCUUUGCUUAAAUUCAUUCUCCACCUCACUUCAGCUCAACUUUAUUUGUCUAUUGAAAGCAGGCUGCCUCUUACGCUGUGUCGGCAUUUGUGAACCACAUCUGUCAAUCUGUAGGAUGCUGAAUGGGUGGAUCUGAGGUUGUGGUUUUAGACAAUGCGGCAAUUUCUUUCUGAUUUGAGAAGUGUAUAUGUAUUUGCUGGCACAGUUGAGAGAGAGAUGUGCAUGAGGCUGCACCAUUGUUCUUGAAAAUAUCCUGUUUUUUCUUUCUUGUUUUUACCCUUCACUUUUCUCUCUCUCUCUCCAUUUUUUUCCCUCUCUUUCCUUCCCUUCUUUUCUCUCUCGCUCUCUCUCGCUCCUCUUCCCCUCCCAUUUCUUUUGGUCAGUGAUCCUCUAAAUAAAAAUCUAGAAGAUUAAAGUUCCAUCUGUUCUUCUGUCCAGUAUUCCUCUUUACUGCUUGUCACUGUCUUCUAAUUGAAACUCGUCAUAUCAGCUCCUACACUUGCCUUGCCCAAGACCUCAAAACUGUGGAACCUCUCACCUCCUGCCAUCAUCCAAAUGAUUGCUAGGCUUUAAAAUCCAAGCUGGCAUCACCUAACCACUGCUUCCUGAUUUACCUCAUCUUUGUUUAGUCUCAGUGUGAGGUUGUGCACUGUGAGCCUCAGUCUAUCUCCUCAGUUCCAAAAGAAAAUAUGGAGCCUAGCUCAUCACACAACUCUGUUUGAAGGAUAUAAAAUGACAGGUUUUUAUGGAUCUAUACAAGCUGCUUUGUUUGUCGACAGCCAUCAGUGACUGGGUCAGCUUUUCGAGAACUAUUACAUGUUCUUAAUUUGCACUAUUCUAUUGCCUCUACAUUUAACCCGAUGGCUCCUUCAGUGGUAGGUGGUUCACAACUGCUUUUUCUAAUUGGACUGUGGAUAGAAGGUUCUAAAGAAUGGGAUCUGAAGAUGUUAACCAUCGUUGGGGUAGGACACAAGUUGUAUUCAUGUGACAUAGUUACAAUAAUGUAAACUGGAAUGUAAGGAACAAUGUGGGUACUGAUAGAAAUAAACAGCGAUAAUUUAUA